AUGAGUAAUAUUCCUUAGAAAAAUAAUAAAAGAAAACAAAUCUAAUCUCUUGAUUUAAUAUCCUAACCUAGGAAGCUAAUUUAAAAAAAUGAAAUGGAUGAGCUAAUGCCUGUUUCGCUCCAAGAAGAUCUAAAUUAAGAUUUAUUUAAUUCUAUGAAAGAUCCUAAGAACAGUAUAAACAUUGGAUUGGAACUUGAACAGUAGAUUUCAGUGCAGUUGAAAAAACUUAAUGGAUAAGUAAUACAGAAAAUGAAGAUAAAUGAAGCUAGGGAAUUUACAAAGCUCUAUCCCUACGAAAUCGAUUAUUUAAUAGAAGAAAAUGGUAAGCUCUACGCUGUUGCAUCAUGGGGAAGCACUUAAUUUGAUUUAAAUUCUUUACCUAAGGAAGAGUAAGAAUAUUACUUAAAAUAAUACAAUGCUAAAACUAAUUACGAACAAAGGAAGACUAGAAUUGCGCUUACAGACGAGUAGAUCGACUAUGUAAAUUAAGUGAUAAAUAUGCAACUAAAUGAUGAAAUUGUAUUGGUGCUACGAAUUUUGCACAAAACUCAUGGUAUAGAACCUGUUUUUGAAAGUGAAUACUAAUCCAAAGUCUUUAAGAGCUUUAUGAAAUAACCUGAUGCUGCUUUUUUGAUAUUUUUACAGGAUAUAGAUCCCUAAGUAGGCUUGGAUAUUAAUGCCUUUUGCUAAACUCACUAAAUUGACAUGAAAAGUGUCUAAGUUAACUACAUAAAGAAGAAUAAGUAGUUAAAACUAAGAUUUACUUCAUUACACUAAUAUGAAAGAUUUGUGCUUUAUUACAAGAGCAUUAAUAUCUAGAUAAAAUCGGAUGAAAAUAAUUAAGAUUAGACUUCUUAGGUGCUCUAAGCCUUAAAAAAUAUGUACAAACAGAUAGUAACAAAGAGGAAAGUAAGUGAAAAAAGUAACAUUGUUGAGUAAAAGGGAGAAAAUACUCCUACCAACAUUAAGCCUCUUAUGUUUGGAGUCAAAGAUGAUGAAAUUUCUUGUGAUAAAAAUUAGAAUAGACUCAAAGAUAUUUAAUUUUUAUCUUCAGAUAGACAAAUAGAACUAAGUAAUAAUAUGCUUGACCUAAAAGCAGGAGAAAAAUUCAGCUAAAUUCCCUAAGAUCAUAUUGAAAGCGAAUCGCUGAUCAUUGAUUACCUUGAUAAGAAUAAAAAAUUAAAUGUAGAAUAAGCAGAGUAGCUUUAACCAGUAUAGAAAAAAGUUAACUACGAGAAAGGCAUUACUCAGCAUUAAGGAUAACCUCCAAAUCUAAUGACUGAAUGUCUAGAAUAAAAGGAAGUAAUUCCUUAAGACAAAAGUCUUUAUAUAAAGUAAUAGCUAAAUAAGAUAAAAAAUGAAAAUGUUGCUAAUGACUAGGUUCUCGAAUUUAUAAUUGACUUUUAGGAAAUCCUCAAUAAAAUGGCACAAGAUAAAAGGUUUUAUAAGACAAAGUUUGGCAUUCCAAAACUAAAAGAAAGAAAAAGCAUAAAUUAGCUCAAGAAUGAGCAUAAUGUCUAUUUCGAGAAGGCUUAAUAACUAAAAGGAAAGCCUUUUAGUAACUAGCUAUUAAUCGUAGAAGAGUAUAAGAAAAAAUACUCAAUUUUAGGAUUUAGAUCUUUUAUGGUUGCAAAGAUGAUCAACGAAAACAUAUCAAUGAAAUCGAUUUCUUAAUCGAAAUUCUUUAAUAUUAUUGCAUGA